AUGACAACUCGAGAUAAUAUCUCCCAUCAUCAUCGAAAUGAUAGUGAGGAUUCAUUGAUUGAGGCAUUUGAAACUACUUUGACUAUUAAACCCAGCACCACUGAAUAUGAAGAUAACGACAUAUCCAUCGACCAUACUGUUUUGCCCAAUUCGACAGUAAAUUACACUCGAGAUGCAACCAGUAUGGUUGAUAUUGAAGAGUUGGAAGAAAAUGAACAACUAGAAGAGCAAAUACCCAAAUUCAAAACUAAUAGAAGGUAUAGCUUACUUCCAACAAAGACUACGUUUAAGAAAAUUGGAUCACCUGGAUUAGAAGAGUACUAUGUUCAACAAAAACUUGACCCCAAAUUUCACGACAUCCUAAAGCCUAGUGUACUUAUUGAUGAAAAAUUGAUUAAAUAUCACCACACAUUUAGUGAUUUCAUUGCAUCAAACCCACACAUUAAUAAGGAGUCACCUCGAUUCCAACAUAAUUCAGAAAAAACAUUGGUUAUAUUAUCACCAUAUAGUCCUGAACAUGCAUUUGGUAGGAAAUGGGUGACAAAGUCAUACUUGUCGACGAUUUUUGAACGUCCACAACGAUUACUUGCAAGUUGCAUUGGUGUUGCUUCAGCAAUCACAAUGUAUCCUUUUUACUACAAGCUUAUUAAUUCAACAAAGAGAAGUUCCAUCUUUGCAUCACAUGUAAGGAAAAUUCAUGGGAAAAAUUGGCCAAAAAAGUUAUUUGAAUUGUGUUUGGAAAGUCAUGAAAAGUUGAAUAAUGAUGAAAUUGAGGUUCCCGAGGAUUGGAACACUGGUGAUAUUUAUCUCACACCAAAGACCAUAAAUGCGAUCGAGGGUGUAAUUGGUACAAUAGAAACUGCUGUCGAUAGUUUGUUCAACACUCUGUCAACAUCUCCUCAAGCAGGUAUUAGCACUUCCGGUAGAGGAAACCACGACUUGGCGUUCGUAGUGAUACGACCACCAGGCCACCACAGCCACGCUUGCCUACCUAGUGGCUUCUGUUUAUUAAACAAUGUACAAAUUGGGAUAGAAUAUGCAUUUGAAACAUAUGGUGUGACACAUUGUGCUAUAUUAGAUAUUGACUUGCAUCAUGGGGAUGGCUCACAAGACAUUUGCUGGGAAAGAGCUGGUUUUACAGGAGAUUAUGGCCAACAAGCCGAAGAUGAAAUUGAUGACCCAUCAUUGAAUCCGCGUAAUGAAUAUGGUAAAAGGUUUGCAACGUUUCCCAAGGUGGGGUAUUUUUCACUUCACGAUAUAAAAUCGUACCCUACUGAAUUGGGAUUUGCAACAAAGGAGAAUAUCAAGAAUGCGUCAACCUGUAUAAUGGAUCAUGACUUGAAUAUUUGGAAUGUCCAUUUACAAAAUUGGAAUACUGAAGAUGAAUUUUACAAACAUUAUCAAACUAGAUACGUGGCGAUUCUAAACCGUGCAAAUCAAUUCUUAAACAAUGCCAAGAAGCAACACGAUCAAGAGUAUGAGGAGUAUUUAGCUCAAUUGAGCAAAUACAACAAGUAUCUACAAAAACCACACCUUUAUCCAAACCAGAAACCAGAGAAGCCAACACCACCACCAGCAUACAAACCUUUAAUCAUAAUAUCUGCUGGAUUCGAUGCUUCUGAAUACGAAGACCCACAAAUGCAGCGACACGGUAUAAACGUUCCAACUUCAUUUUAUGCAACAUUCACCAAAGAUGUGGUAAAAUUGGCCAAGAUACACACUAAAGGGAAAGUCAUUUCAUUUCUUGAAGGUGGUUAUAGUGAUGGCGCUUUAACAACAGGUAUAUUUUCCCAUCUUAUUGGAUUAAACAAUGAUGAUGAUCUCUUGUGGAAUCAUACAUGGGGGUCAGAACAAGUUGCUAAGGAAUUGAUUAAAGGAUGCAAAAAAAACUGGACACCUUAUAAAAACCCCAAGAGUGAAAUCACCAUUUGGGCUAAUGAGGUUAUCAAGUUAGGACGUUCGAUGAUGCCCAAUGCCAUUUUACCCGCGAACCACAUUUAUAGAGAUCAGUCAAAGGAUAAAGACGUCGUCAAUGGGAAACCAGUAAAUCGAAUGGUGAAGGAUCUUUUAGAUGGUGGAGUGGGGAUAAUCGAGACACCUAAAAUGAAAAAAAUCGAUGAUCGUGAGGACUUUAAAAAGCCAGUUAGACAUACUAGAUCUUACUAUAAAACAGUCUGA